UCAAUAAAAACUUUAGUUAGUUUGAACUAAGCGAAUCUUAAGGUGGUUUAAAUAUCGCUAUCAUAUAUAUAGUUUUCUUAUAAGAUCCGCUAAUAAAGGAUAUAAAGUGCAUAAUGGCUUAUUCUUGGGAUAAUCGAGUUGAUUUCGUUGUGCGAUAUAUGUAUGAUAUCGACAAUAACGGAUUUUUAGAUCAAAAUGAUUUUCAAUGUAUGGCAAUAAGAGCCUGCGUUGUAGAAGGCAAAGGUGACUGUAGUAGUGGCCGCCUGGAUGAAUACAAAAAGCUAAUGAAAAACUUAUGGGAUGAAAUUUCUGCAAUUGCUGAUGAUGAUAAGGAUGGAAAAAUUUCAAAUCAAGAAUUCAAGGAUGCUGUAAAAAAGACAUGUGUAGGCAAAAAAUACGAAGAAUUUCCUCAGGCUAUGCGCGCAUUCAUUGAAUCAAACUUUAAGCUCCUCGACAUUGAUAGUGAUGGAAUAGUUGGAGUUAAGGAAUAUCGCUACAAUUGCAUUACAAGGGUUGCUAUUGAUGACAUUGCACCUAUCGACAAGGCUUUUGAAACCUUAUUGAAUGAUGAUGACCGAAAGCGAGGUGGACUUUCUCUUGACAGAUACAAAGAGCUGUAUGGUCAAUUUCUGGGCAAUACAGCUGAUAACCAUCCAGCGGUCAACCUAUUUGGACCUUUAUAACUUGAUUUAAUAAUUGUCUUCGCUGUUGUUCAACUACUAUUUUUUUAAGUUUUAUAUGUAAUUACUAUGACUAUAAAUUAACUAGGUAUAAUGCAUUCAUAUCAUUUGUGUAGAAUCGUCAGACGAACAGUUCGAUAACUUUAAACAAUUUACUAAUUAGAAUAGAUAUUUGCUCUCAGAAGCUGUUCACAGCAAA